AAAAGAGAAACGUUGAGCAAACCAGUUUUGACCAGCCAAAAAUAUCUAAGUUGACCAAAAGGACUUGAUCGACCUCUUCUUUUGAUAUAUAUCAACCAUCCUUUUCUAUGCCAUGGCAACGUGAUGUGCCCCCCAUGCCGCUGAUAAUCCUUUUGGUUGUUGCGGCCAAGUAUAUGGACAUGGAUCUCAGACUCCUCUUUUCAUAUCUCCUUCCUCCUGCUGUACUCUGUAUAUCUCUUUAUCUUGUCGUUUCAGCAUACAGAAGAAAAUCCUCCAAUGCCAAGUUUCCGCCGGGAAAAACAGGAUGGCCGAUCAUCGGAGAAACAUGGGACUUUGUGAGAGCUGGCAGGAGUGGAACACCUGAGAAAUUCGUAAAUGAUAGAAUGAGUAAAUACUCGACGGAUGUGUUUCAUACAUCCCUUCUUGGAGAUAAUUUGGCUAUGUUCUGUGGUGUCUCAGGCAACAAGUUUUUAUUCUCGAGCGAAAACAAGUAUGUCACCACCUGGUGGCCUCGCCCAAUACAGAGAAUAUUGUCUUUUCCUGAGGAAAUUGUUACCUCUUCCAAAGAUGAUAGUACCAUAUUGCGCAGAUUUCUUCCUGAAAUUCUCAAGCCAGAAGCUCUGAAACAUUACAUUCCUGUUAUGGAUUCAAUGGCGAAAGAUCAUUUGGAGGCAGAUUGGUCCCCAUACAAACAAGUAAGGGUGUUGCCAUUGUCCAAAAAAUACACUUUUGCACUGGCUUGUAGAUUGUUUAUGAACAUCAAGGAUCCUGCUCAUGUUAGCAGGCUUGAAAAUCACUUCAAUCUUGUCACUAAUGGCCUUGUGUCAGUACCUAUAAAUUUUCCCGGUACAACCUAUUACCGUGCGGUCAAAGGAGGAAAAAUCAUUCGCGAGGAGCUUCUAGCCAUCAUGAAGCAGAGGAAAGGGGAGCUAGCAUCGGAGAAUUAUGAAGAACGUGCUGAAGCUACUGAUCUAUUGACCCUGAUGCUUCUUGCAUCGGACGAUAAUGGACAACCUUUAAAUGAAAGGGAUAUUGCUUACAAGGUUUUGGGUUUACUUGUCGCCGGCCAUGAUACAACCAGUAGUGCAAUCACAAUGGUCAUGUACUAUCUUGCUGAGUAUCCCCAUAUCUAUCAGGGGGUUUUGGAAGAACAGAAGGAGAUUGCAAUGUCAAAAGCUCCUGGAGAGUUGUUGAAUUGGGAUGAUGUUCAAAAGAUGAAGUAUUCUUGGAGUGUGGCUUGUGAGGUAUUGAGGGUCUCGCCACCUGUUUCAGGAACAUUUAGAGAGGUUAUAGCAGACUUCUCUUUUGCAGGUUUUACCAUUCCAAAAGGAUGGAAGGCAUAUUGGAGUGUAUACUCAACACACAAAAAUCCCAAAUAUUUCCCAGAUCCAGAGAAGUUUGAUCCUUCAAGAUUUGAGGGGAAAGGCCCUGCACCAUACACAUUUGUACCUUUUGGUGGAGGACCUUUUAUGUGUGCAGGAAAAGAAUACGCUCGGUUGGAGAUUCUUGUAUUUAUGCACAAUCUGGUGAACAGAGUCAAAUGGGAGAAAGUGAUUCCAAACGAAAAGAUUAUGUACACUUCUUUUGCCAUGCCAGUAAAAGGCCUUCCAGUUCUCCUCCAGCCUCUCAGGAAUUGAAUAGCCUGCAUGCAGUUUGUAGGACAAGUAUUGAAUUAAUUUGUUUUUUUUUAAGGUACAUUUUAUCUCAGGACAAUAUUGGGACCUGGGUUUGAAGUCAAAUGCCAUUCAGCUGCCAAGAAGGGAAACUCUACUUGCCUUUGGGACAUCUUUCAGCAAGCCUAAUGUUCUUAUUGUUUGGUCUCUGGGAGCCAACUGAUACGUACGAGUCUCAUACAGUUGGACUUUUCAUGUAUUAUGUUUGCAUUUCAUUGUUGAAGAUAACUAUUUUAUGAGUUUUGAGAUUUUGGAA